GUCUUAACAGCUUCCUGUAUAACUUUUACACCAAAUCCUUCGAAAUGCGUGUGGAUGUUACGCAAUGGUGUGUAACUAAAAACAACUAAGCACAGUGCAGAAAAGAUAACAGACGAAGAGAAUCGAUUGUCUCAACAUAUAAAGACGUGUUUACUGCCUUAGUCUCCAAAGUGUGAAACGUUUUCAUCAAGGGCGAAAUGAACAGAGGACACAAAGCAACCAAAACCUCAAGCUAGCAUGGAAUCUAGUUCAGACCCACCCUUUUACGAGGCCUACAAGGUCCUCCUCGAGAAGAACCAAAGCCUUAAUGACAGUUUUAUUAGCUGUGCAGCUGAGCUUGGUGGAGGUGUUGUGGUGGAGGAGAGGGAGCUUCCGGUGAUCGACCUGAGGCGGUUGGAUGGGGAGGACGAGAGGGAGAGGGAGGAGUGCAAGACGGAGAUAGCUAGGGCUUCAAAGGAGUGGGGGUUCUUUCAGGUGGUGAAUCAUGGGGUUUCCAGUGAGAUUCUCAAGAAGAUUAGGGUUGAGCAGGAGAAGGUGUUCAAGCAGCCAUUUGCGCAGAAAGUGAAGGAAGACAAGUUCUUCAACUUCUCAGCGGGUACUUACCGUUGGGGAGCGCCUUCUGCUACCUGCAUUCGACAGUUAUCUUGGUCUGAAGCCUUUCAUAUUCCUCUUACUGAUAUACUGGGUUCAACUGGAUCCAACAGUCUCAGCUCAGCCAUAGAACAGUUUGCUAGCACAGUGUCAAGUCUUGCGCAGAGAUUAGCUGAAAUUCUGGAAGAGAAGAUGGGGCACAAGUCGAACUUCUUCCAGGAAAAUUGUUUGCCCAGCACUUGCUAUCUUCGAUUGAACCGAUAUCCUCCAUGUCCUUUGUUUUCAGAAAUUCAUGGUCUGAUGCCUCACACUGAUAGCGAUUUCCUCACCAUAUUGCACCAAGAUCAAGUCGGAGGGUUGCAGCUGGUGAAAGAUGGCAAAUGGAUUGCAGUUAAACCAAAUCUUGACGCCCUUAUCAUCAACAUUGGUGACUUAUUCCAGGCAUGGAGCAAUGGAGUAUAUAAGAGUGUUGAGCACCGAGUAAUGACGAACAUGCGAGUGGAGAGGUUCUCUACGGCUUAUUUCUUUUGUCCUUCCAACGACACAUUGAUAGCGAGCUGCACAGAACCCGCUGUGUACAGGAAGUUCAGCUUCAUGGAAUAUAGGCAACAAGUUCGAGAAGAUGUUCAAAACUUGGGUUCUAAAAUUGGCCUUCCAAGAUUUCUCAUGCAAACUAGGCAUGAUACUUAAUUAGCUUAGUUAAUUAAUCAUAGCAAAUAUAUUAUAGUCUUGUCAAGUUACAAUUGGAGUAAAAUCUCCAUGAUGCAAUUUAAAUAUAUAUUUAUAUCUUAGUUUGAAUAUUAGUAGUUACCUAGCAUAUAGGUGCAUAUAUAGUCGACUAUAUAGGUUAUUUCUAAAAAAGAUUGGAGCCAAUGAAAUCAGAAGGAAGGUAUGGAAGCUGAUUUCUGUCUGCAUUUUUGGUCUGCUGAACAUUGCAACAGAGGAGAAGAAUUUCUGAAAUGUAAUUACAUCGUCGGUAAAAGGGAAGCAUUGUCUGAUGCAUGGGCCAUGAGAAUGAAGGGGCAAGAGCACGUGAGUGUUGCAUGGGCAAAGAAUAAUCAUCAAUGUGUUCUUGGAGCUGAUGAGCUAUAAAUAUAUGAAUAUAUCUAUAUGAUUGAUUUCGUGUCAUCGACUAUUUAUUUCUUAGUAGCUUUCCAGUGAAUAUAUAUUAUGUUGGAGAAAAUUGCUGUGCUAUGCAUUUGGAGUUUUUCCUAAAUUCCAGUAGGAAAAGUGUAUACAAAGUUGAAGUCCCUUCCUUUUUUCUUUUAAAUUCCUUUGUAAUCUCUGUUGUUAGAGGCUUGGAAAAUGCAUAGUUCCAACUAUGAUAAUGUUUAUGAGAAAAUUUCU